AUGGACAGACCACACUCCUCCUAUUACUUCAUUGGAGACUCAAUCCAGCAUACACUUAUCCAAGCUCCAGUGUGUCUCUUUCUCCUCCCUGAAACCAAAUGGCCUUCACUCGCUGGCUUUCUCGCCUACGCUCCUACUAUUCUGAAACAGUCACCAAUCUUCGCUCCUCAUUUUUCCACGAUAUCCGAACUCGAACAACCACAACAAUCACCUCUCCAUCUCAUUUCUCAAACCAGAAUCCGUUCCGUUUUUCCUGGUCACACUAUCUACUUCCGAUCACUCUCGCUGGAUCGCUCACUUUUCACUUCCAUUCUCCGCCUUCUCUCUGCGAUGCUUCUCUCGAUUAUCCGUCGAAGUAGUGGAAUUGGAGGAAAAGGAAGCACAGAGUUUGUGGUCAAAGGAUCUCACAAGCAAGUACCGCAAGAGCUUAUUGAAGAUUUAAAAGCUAUUUGUCAGGAUAACGUGACAAUGGAUUAUGAUGAGAGGUAUUUCCAUGGAAAACCACAAAACAGUUUUCAUAAAGCUGUAAAUAUUCCGGAUGUUGUUGUUUUCCCGAGGUCACAAGAGGAAGUUUCGAAAAUUGUGAAAUCUUGCGACAAGCAUAGGGUUCCCAUUGUACCAUAUGGUGGAGCUACAUCAAUUGAGGGUCACACCUUGUCACCUCAUGGUGGUGUUUGCAUUGACAUGUCACAGAUGAAGAGUGUGAAAGCACUACACAUUGAGGACAUGGAUGUGGUUGUUGAGCCUGGAAUUGGGUGGAUGGAGCUUAAUGAAUAUUUAGAGCCUCAUGGUCUAUUCUUUCCUCUUGAUCCAGGGCCUGGCGCAACAAUAGGUGGAAUGUGUGCUACACGUUGCUCCGGUUCUUUAGCUGUGAGGUAUGGAACCAUGCGAGAUAAUGUCAUUAGUCUCAAGAUAGUUCUUCCCAAUGGAGAUGUGGUCAAGACAGCUUCUCGUGCUCGAAAGAGUGCUGCAGGGUAUGAUUUGACUCGCCUGGUGAUUGGAAGUGAAGGGACCCUUGGUGUAAUAACAGAGGUCACUCUACGACUUCAGAAAAUUCCUCAGCAUUCAGUGGUUGCAAUGUGCAAUUUCCCUACAAUUAAGGAUGCAGCUGAUGUUGCUAUUGCCACUAUGCUGUCUGGUAUACAGGUGUCAAGAGUGGAGCUAUUGGAUGAGGUCCAAGUGAGGGCUGUCAAUAUUGCUAAUGAGAAGAAUUUACCUGAACUUCCAACUUUGAUGUUUGAAUUCAUAGGCACAGAGGCAUAUGCACGUGAACAAACACUAAUUGUUCAGAAGAUCAUUUCUCAGCACAAGGGUUCAGAUUUUGUUUUUGCAGAAGACCCUGAAGCUAAAAAGGAACUGUGGAAGAUAAGGAAGGAGGCUCUAUGGGCUUGCUUUGCAAUGGAACCCAAUUACGAGGCUAUGAUUUCUGACGUUUGUGUUCCUCUAUCACGACUUGCUGAAUUGAUAUCGAGGUCCAAGCUAGAGCUGGAUGCGUCACCAUUGGUUUGCACAGUUGUUGCUCAUGCUGGUGAUGGUAACUUUCACACUGUGAUUCUUUUUGACCCGAACCAAGAAAAUCAGCGACAGGAGGCAGAAAGAUUGAACCAUUUUAUGGUCCACACUGCUUUGUCAAUGGAAGGAACAUGUACUGGUGAACAUGGAGUGGGAACGGGGAAAAUAAAGGAAAGCUUAUUCCGCCCCAUGUUUGCUUCUAGGACCACUCUUGCUGAGCUGGGGCUUGGCCAUGUUGUCAUUUUCACCGUAGGAGCUGUUUUACCUAUCAAAGAGCAUGUUCCUUAUUUCUGCGUCCAUUUGUACCAUUUUAGAGCAUCUGGUCCUGUGCAUGUAGAAUCUUUUAGGUUUGACGAUGUUAAAAAAGGCAGCAUACUUGACCAAAUAGGUCCUGAAAUUCGUCGUAUAUGA